GGACACCUCCAGGGGCUGCCCUUGGGCUCCGGAUAGGGAAGACAGAGCUCAGGAGGGGAAGGCAGAGAUUCCUGGCAAGGACAGAAGUGGUCACACACAGUGGGCAGCACAGACUGAUGGAGAGAACCUUGGAACCUCCCCACAGUGUAGGCAACCCCUGGAAGGGGCUCCUGAUCACAGCCUCCAUCCUCAGCUGUUGGAUCCAGUCUGCUCAAGGUUCACCUGUCACUGUUGUGCCAAUUCUUCCCUAUGGGACAGUGGGUGGCAGUGUUAUCUUGGACAUCUGGGGGUUCUCAGGGGAGGCUCUCAGCUAUACUUGGUACAGAAAGACAACAGAUAACUCCAGGAUCGCUGUCUACCAUGUCUCUUCUGGAGUGCAGAGACCAGCAGAUAUCAGGGAGAAGGUGUUCUCCAAUGGCUCCCUGCUCAUCCCUGACCUCACCCUCAGUGACACUGGCUUCUACAUUGUAACUAUUGUUUCCAGCAGUGGCACCGUAUUAACAGCAGGAGAACAAUUCACAGUGUAUGACAUGUCGCCAGGAAAAGGUAAAGGCUCCUCACUCGCUGGGGGAGCCAUUGCUGGCAUUGUGAUUGGAGUCCUGGCUGGAGAGGCUCUCAUCCAUACCCUUCUCUAUUUCCUGCUCUUCAGGAAGACUGGAAGGGCCAGCAAACACCACCUUUCAGAGAAGAACCAUUCAGCACACAAAUGUGGUGAGGAUGCCAACAUGUAUGAACAUAGUCUUUACCCAAAAGGCUCAGCUCUGCCUGCACAGGUCAGGACAGAAGGUCUCCUUCUAUCACUUCCAGGACUUUGUGGUGUCUGUCAGGGAAGGGGACCCUUUGUGCAGAUCUGGAAUCCUGACCCUCCUGCCUGGUUCAGCUCAAGGGCCAGCCCCAACAGGAGCCUACCCUGCUCCUUCCUGUUGCCAGUGUCCUCCCUCUGGUCAUCCUUCUGUAUAUGUUUUGUAACGGAUUGUCGGCUUACUAAUAGCCUCCUCUGCAUAGAGUACUAUCUCUAUGAAUUCAACACCUUCUCAUUCUUCUCUGUUCAUUCAAUGAAUAAAGGCAUGAAGGAGGAAAAGUCACUCAUGAAGUGA